GGACUCAAAUUAACCCUCUCGAGGAUUCAGUUCCUGGGAAAGCUGCCUUUCGAACGGAACCGCCGCAACUCCGGCGGUGGGACCCGCCUCGGAUUUCCCUUCCCUGGCUCGGUUCGUUUGGCGCCCUUCGUCUUCUUCGCGUUAUAAAGCCCCCUCCCGGCCAUGGGAGCCCCUUGCAUUGCUCUUCCGGACGAAAGAUAUCGUUGUUUCCUAAGAGGCGCGGGGAGUUAACGAUCAAUGGAAGCUGUCACCUUCUCUCCCUGCUCACAGUUGCUGAGCCUACGCCGUCAACAAAGGUCCCCGCCUUUCCGGUUCCCUUCUGCCGUCGCCGCGUCCUGUCAGAAAGGAAUCCAAUUCCGUCGUUUCUCUUCGUUGGCUCCCUCAAUCAAAUGCUCGGCCAUCUCUCUUUCCUCGGUGCAGGAAACAGUUGAAAAAGAUGAAGCCUUUAAGUUCGCUGAGGCUGCCAAGAUUGGCAAUUUGGUGCCUCUUCGCCGUUGCAUUUUCAGCGACCAGCUGACGCCGGUCGUGGCCUAUCGUUGUCUCGUGAAGGAGGGUGACUACGAAGUACCGAGCUUUCUUUUUGAGUCAGUGGAGCAAGGUUCCCGGGGGAAUAAUGUGGGGCGUUAUAGUGUUGUCGGAGCUCAUCCAGCGAUGGAGAUUGUGGUCAGGGAGAACAUGGUCUCUGUUAUGGAUCAUGAGGAAGGACGAAUGACAGAAGAGAUUGUCGAUGACCCUAUGGAGAUUCCAAAGCGUAUCAUGGAGGGUUGGAGCCCGCAGACGAUCGAUGAACUUCCUGAUAGUUUUUGUGGUGGAUGGGUUGGCUACUUUUCCUACGAUACCAUGCGAUACCAAGAGAAGAAAAAACUUCCAUUCUCAGGUUCUCCUAAGGAUGAUAGAAACCUUCCAGAUAUCCAAUUAGGACUGUACAAUGACGUCAUAGUGUUUGACCAUGUGGAAAAGAAAGCACAUGUGAUUCACUGGGUAAGACUAGACCGAUACUCCUCAAUAGAGGAAGCCUACCAAGAUGGGAAGAAUUGUUUGGAAGUUUUUCUAUCGAAGGUGCACACUGGGAAAGUGCCCAGGUUAUCUGCUGGAUCUAUAAAAGUCCCGACUAAUCAUUUUGGCCAUCCUUUAACAAAGUCAUCAAUGACAAGUGAAGAAUACAAGACGGCAGUUUUGCAGGCAAAGGAACACAUCUUUGCAGGAGAUAUUUUUCAGAUUGUUUUGAGUCAGCGGUUUGAGCGGCGCACAUAUGCAUCUCCAUUUGAAGUAUAUCGUUCACUGAGAAUUGUGAAUCCAAGUCCAUACAUGGCCUACAUACAAGCUAGAGGAUGUGUUCUUGUAGCAUCCAGCCCUGAAAUUCUUACUCGCGUAAAGAAGGGGAAAAUUAUUAACCGACCUCUCGCUGGGACAAUCAGAAGAGGAACAACAGAUGAGGAGGACAAAUUACAUGAAAAACAGCUACUAAACGAUGAAAAGCAAUGUGCAGAGCACAUCAUGCUUGUAGAUUUGGGCCGUAAUGAUGUUGGAAGGGUCUCAAAACCUGGAUCUGUUAAGGUGGAAAAACUGAUGAACAUCGAAAGAUACUCACAUGUGAUGCACAUCAGUUCCACGGUUAGCGGAGAGAUAUUUGAUCAUCUGAAUUGCUGGGAUGCUCUUCGUGCUGCAUUGCCUGUGGGAACUGUCAGCGGAGCUCCUAAGGUAAGAGCCAUGGAGCUAAUUGAUCAACUGGAAGUCACAAGACGAGGACCGUACAGCGGUGGCUUUGGAGGAGUCUCAUUUAACGGCGAUAUGGACAUUGCAAUUGCCCUCAGAACCAUAGUAUUUUCGACUGGGGGCCGAUACAAUACUAUGUACACGUACAAGGAUAAUGAGAGGCGCCAAGAAUGGGUUGCUCAUCUUCAAGCUGGAGCAGGCAUUGUAGCGGAUAGCAACCCUGACGAAGAGCAGAAAGAAUGCGAGAACAAAGCUGCUGCUCUGUCCCGAGCCAUCGAUCUCGCGGAGUCUACAUUCGUCGAAAAAUUUUAGGCUCUUCGUCAUUAGUUUCCGCAUCCAGUCUAAAACCCAUCAAUAAAAAACUCGCAAUUCCAGCUUGAUUUCAACAGUUAUAUAGUGGGCACUUCCACUCUUCCUGACUUUUUUUUACAGAUGAUUUAGUUCUGCAAUCAAAUGGGUCGAAUGGUUUGCGGGGACUAAAAACUGGGCAAGAUCAAUGGUUAAUGAGUCGAUCGAGUCUGAAAGAUGGCAAGGUGAAAUUGUGCAAAGUAUUUCAUGUAUAAUAAUUUUAAUAAUGUAAAAAACUGUUCUUUAUUAUUAUGCAAUCUAAAGGUAG